AUGCGUUAUACUUACUACCGUGUGUUUAGAUAUGCAAGAAGAGGAGUUCGAAAGGUAUUUCUUUGGACCUUUAUUAUUACCUUUGUUUUUAGAAAAGUGCGUAGCUAAAUCUGUUCACCAGGCAAAUCAAAGUGCCCCAUGCCACAAUCCUAAAAGUAUUAAAACACAUUGUGAUUUUACUUUUUAGGUUGUUAUAGUUAUGACUGAUGGUCGUUCGUAUGACAGCGUUGUUGGUCCUACUCGUUUAUUUCGUGGAAAGAACAUCAAAUGUUACGCGGUGGGAAUUGGCCGUAAAUUCAACAGAAGACAGCUGCUACAGAUCGCGGGCGGGGACAGGCGCCACGUGUUGACCGCAGGAUUUAGGAAUCUACGAUCCAUCGCAGGAACUAUUGGACGACGAGCAUGUAAAGGUACAAACAUCAGUAAUAGAAAGCUAUCAAUUUUUCGACAUUUUAAAUUUAAUUAUCUGUUUUCACUUGCUCAUACUUGGGAAAACACGUAUAAAUUAAAAUUAGGCAAAUUUAUUUACUAAUAAAGAUUGCACAUAUAAAACCCCUUUUCCAUACUACCGUUUUUCCUGCAUUAGCUAAUGAUUUUCCUCCCCCUCUAUCAAGUUCAAUUUUACAGACAUCUCUUUGUACGGUAUUUUGGAAAGAAGACCAAGUUGACCCUGGGCAUCAAAUGAUCUUGUAAUCGUUAAGUUUGGUUCGCUUUGUUCUCUCUAACGACAAAAUUACGCCGUGUGUUUAAUUUAACGUUUUCGUUCAGUUGGAGUCUUUGAAUAUAUUUGGUGCAGAGUAUAUAGAGUAUUGAAUUAACGACACAAAGGUGUCUACUAAAAGUUGUUCCUUUUCUAAACUGAUACAGAUGACUUAAAGGAAAAAAAAUCAAAACUUUUCCGUGGAGGGAGUUGCCAACACUUAAUUUCAUUCAAUAGAAGUCAAAGUGAAUUAAAAUUUGUUAGAUGACCUUAGAGAACAUUUCAUCUAGAUAAAAGCUGUUUGUUUAGCCUAAGGAUUUAAAACGUCCUUUACUUGACGUUUAGGCUCUACAGAUAAAUUCCCGGAAAACCAACUACUGACAUCAACCAAACAUAUUAGUGUCCCAAAAGACACAUUAUAAUAGUACUUUUAUUUUAUUUUAGGAGCACGCCCCGUUCGCCCUGUUCGUCCACCAGCAAAAGGUAAUGUUCAAGAGACUUAACCACAUUUUCAGCCUCGUCGCAAUAAGAAAUCACUUUUCAAAAGUGCAUAUCAUCAUGCAGAAGUAUCAUUAUUAAAUACCAAACAAGGUCGGCAAACUAUUUCUUUUCUUUACUUUGCCAGGUUGCCGUGCCCGGGUUGAUAUAGCGUUCAUCAUCGAUGGCUCAGGAAGUAUUGAGCAGUAUGGCAGAGGGAACUUUCGUCGAUGUCUCAACUUCGUAAAAGCCAUUGUCAGGGGAUUUAAUACCGACAGUGGACAAACUCGGGUCGGAGUCGUCUUGUUCUCGUCCAGGCCUCGGCUGAUCUUCGGCUUUAGACGAUAUCGUCGAAAGAAUCAACUUCUUACAGCAAUCAGCCGCAUACGCUACCCCAGGGGAGGAACUAAAACUGGAUAUGCCAUGCGUUAUACUUACUACCGUGUGUUCAGAUAUGCAAGAAGAGGAGUUCGAAAGGUAUUUCUUUCAACCUUUAUUAUUCCCUUUGUUUUUAGAAAUGUGUGUAGCUAAAUCUGUUCACCAGGCAAAUCAAAGUGCCCCAUGCCACAAUCCUAAAAGUAUUAAAACACAUUAAGGCCAUUUAUACGAGAAAAAUAAGACGCGAACUGUACCAUUUAUACGAGCAUGUCUUAUCUAAGACGAGAACAGCUCGUAUAAAUGGUUCGCGUCUUAUUUCUGUUCUUUACUCGUUUUCAUGUGAAUGUUGCCCGUAGCAACUGCAAUCUAACGUGGCUCGCCAAAAAUUAACGCAUACGUACUAUGCGUUCGCGUCUUAUGUAAGACGCGAAGGUCAUUUAUACGAAGUUUUUCUCGUCUUAACUAAGACGCGUCUUAUCUAAGAACAGGUGUUAAGGGCUGUUCUAAAAUAAGACGCUUCUUAGCUAAGCCGCGUAUUAUUUUAGACGAAAUGUGCCGUUUAUACGGAAAGUUCGCGUCUAAUUUAAGACGCGUCCUAUGUAAGACGCGUCUUAUUUCUCCUCCUAUAAAUGACCCUAUUGUGAUUUUACUCUUUAGGUUGUUAUAGUUAUGACUGAUGGUCGUUCGUAUGACAGCGUUGUUGGUCCUGCUCGUUUAUUUCGUGGAAAGAACAUCAAAUGUUACGCGGUGGGAAUUGGCCGUAAAUUCAACAGAAGACAGCUGCUACAGAUCGCAGGAGGAGACAGGCGCCACGUGUUAACCUCAGGAUUUAGGAAUCUACGAUCCAUCGCAGGAACUAUUGGACGACGAGCAUGUAAAGGUAAAAACAUCAGCAAUAGAAAGCUAUCAAUUUUUCGAAAUUUUAAAUUUAAUUAUCUGUUUUCAUUUGCUCAUACUUGGGAAAACACGUAUAAAUUAAAAUUAGGCAAAUUUAUUUACUAAUAAAGGUUGCAGAUAUAAAACCCCUUUUCCAUACUACCAUUUUUUUUACAUUAGCUAAUGAUUUUCCUCUCCCUCUAUCAAGUUUAAUUUUACAGACAAUGCUUUGUACGUUAUUAUAGAAAGAAGACCAGAUUGACCCUGGGCAUCAAAUGAUCUUGUAAUCGUUAAGUUUGGUUCGCUUUGUUCUCUCUAAAGACAAAAUUACGCCAUGUGUUUAAUUUAACGUUUUCGUUCAGUUGGAGUCUUUGAAUAUAUUAGGUGCAGAGUAUAUAGAGUAUUAAAUUAAAGACACAAAGGUGUCUACUAAAAGUUGUUCCUUUUCUAAACUGAUAAAGAUGACUUAGAGGAAAAAAAAUCGAAACUUUUCCGUGGAGGGAGUUGCCAACACUUAAUUUCAUUCAAUAGAAGUUAAAGUGAAUUAAAAUUUGUUAGAUGACCUUAGAGAACACUUCAUCUAGAUAAAAGCUGUUUGUUUAGCCUAAGGAUUUGUAACGUCCUUUACUUGACGUUUAGGCUCUACAGAUAAAUUCCCGGAAAACCAACUACUGACAUCAACCAAACAUAUUAGUGUCCCAAAAGACACAUUAUAAUAGUACUUUUAUUUUAUUUUAGGGGCACGCCCCGUUCGCCCUGUUCGUCCACCAGCACAAGGUAAUGUCCAAGAGACUAAAACAUUUUCAGCCUCGUCGCAAUAAGAAAUCACUUUUCAAAAGUGCAUAUCACCAUGCAGAAGUAUCAUUGUUAAAUACCAAACAAGGUCGGCCAACUAUUUCUUUUCUUUACUUUGCCAGGUUGCCGUGCCCGGGUUGAUAUAGCGUUUAUCAUCGAUGGCUCAGGAAGUAUUGAGCAGUAUGGCAGAGGGAACUUUCGUCGAUGUCUCAACUUCGUAAAAGCCAUUGUCAGGGGAUUUAAUACCGACAGUGGACAAACUCGGGUCGGAGUCGUCUUGUUCUCGUCCAGGCCUCGGCUGAUCUUCGGCUUUAGACGAUAUCGUCGAAAGAAUCAACUUCUUACAGCAAUCAGCCGCAUACGCUACCCCAGGGGAGGAACUAAAACCGGAUAUGCCAUGCGUUAUACUUACUACCGUGUGUUCAGAUAUGCAAGAAGAGGAGUUCGAAAGGUAUUUCUUUGGACCUUUAUUAUUACCUUUGUUUUUGGAAAAUUGUGUAGCUAAGUCUGUUCACCAGGCAAAUCAAAGUGCCCCAUGCCAGAAUCCUAAAAGUAUUAAAACACAUUGUGAUUUUACUUUUUAGGUUGUUAUAGUUAUGACUGAUGGUCGUUCGUAUGACAGCGUUGUUGGUCCUGCUCGUUUAUUUCGUGGAAAGAACAUCAAAUGUUACGCGGUGGGAAUUGGCCGUAAAUUCAACAGAAAACAGCUGCUACAGAUCGCAGGCGGAGACAGGCGCCACGUGUUGACCGCAGGAUUUAGGAAUCUACGAUCCAUCGCAGGAACUAUUGGACGACGAGCAUGUAAAGGUACAAACAUCAGUAAUAGAAAGCUAUCAAUUUUUCGACAUUUUAAAUUUAAUUAUCUGUUUUCACUUGCUCAUACUUGGGAAAACACGUAUAAAUUAAAAUUAGGCAAAUUUAUUUACUAGUAAAGAUUGCACAUAUAAAACCCCUUUUCCAUUCUACCAUAUUUCCUGCAUUAGCUAAUGAUUUUCCUCCCCCUCUAUCAAGUUCAAUUUUACAGACAUCGCAUUGUACGGUAUUUUGGAAAGAAGACCAAGUUGGCCCUGGGCAUCAAAUGAUCUUGUAAUCGUUAAGUUUGGUUCGCUUUGUUCUCUCUAAAGACAAAAUUACGCCAUGUGUUUAAUUUAACGUUUUCGUUCAGUGGGAGUUUUUGAAUAUAUUUGGUGCAGAGUAUAUAGAGUAUUAAAUUAAAGACACAAAAGGUGUCUACUGAAAGUUGUUCCUUUUCUAAACUGAUAAAGAUGACUUACAGUAAAAAAAAUCAAACCUUUUCCGUGGAGGGAGUUGCCAACACGUAAUUUUAUUAAAAUUUGUUAGAUGACCUUUGAGAACAUUUCAUCUAGAUAAAAACUGUUUGUUUAGCCUAAGGAUUUAAAACGUCCUUUACUUGACGUUUAGGCUCUACAGAUAAAUUCCCGGAAAACCAACUACUGACAUCAAGCAAACAUAUUAGUGUCCCAAAAGACACAUUAUAAUAGUACUUUUAUUUUAUUUUAGGAGCACGCCCCGUUCGCCCUGUUCGUCCACCAGCACAAGGUAAUGUUCAAGAGACUAAAACAUUUUCAGCCUCGUCGCAAAAAGAAAUCACUUUUCAAAAGUGCAUAUCACCAUGCAGAAGUAUAAUUAUUAAAUACCAAACAAGGUCGGCCAACUAUUUCUUUUCUUUACUUUGCCAGGUUGCCGUGCCCGGGUUGAUAUAGCGUUUAUCAUCGAUGGCUCAGGAAGUAUUGAGCAGUAUGGCAGAGGGAACUUCCGUCGAUGUCUCAACUUCGUAAAAGCCAUUGUCAGGGGAUUUAAUACCGACAAUGGACAAACUCGGGUCGGAGUCGUCUUGUUCUCGUCCAGGCCUCGGCUGAUCUUCGGCUUUAGACGAUAUCGUCGAAAGAAUCAACUUCUUACAGCAAUCAGCCGCAUACGCUACCCCAGAGGAGGAACUAAAACCGGAUAUGCCAUGCGUUAUACUUACUACCGUGUGUUUAGAUAUGCAAGAAGAGGAGUUCGAAAGGUAUUUCUUUGGACCUUUAUUAUUACCUUUGUUUUUGGAAAAUUGUGUAGCUAAGUCUGUUCACCAGGAAAAUCAAAGUGCCCCAUGCCAGAAUCCUAAAAGUAUUAAAUCACAUUGUGAUUUUACUUUUUAGGUUGUUAUAGUUAUGACUGAUGGUCGUUCGUAUGACAGCGUUGUUGGUUCUGCUCGUUUAUUUCGCGGAAAGAACAUCAAAUGUUACGCGGUGGGAAUUGGCCGUAAAUUCAACAGAAGACAGCUGCUACAGAUAGCGGGCGGGGACAGGCGCCACUUGUUGACCGCAGGAUUUAGGAAUCUACGAUCCAUCGCAGGAACUAUUGGACGACGAGCAUGUAAAGGUACAAACAUCAGCAUUAGAAAGCUAUCAAUUUUUCUACAUUUUAAAUUUAAUUAUCUGUUUUCACUUGCUCAUACUUGGGAAAACACGUAUAAAUUAAAAUUAGGCAAAUUUAUUUACUAAUAAAGAUUGCACAUAUAAAACCCCUUUUCCAUACUACCGCUUUUCCUGCAUUAGCUAAUGAUUUUCCUCCCCCUCUAUCAAGUUCAAUUUUACAGACAUCUCUUUGUACGGUAUUUUGGAAAGAAGACCAAGUUGACCCUGGGCAUCAAAUGAUCUUGUAAUCGUUAAGUUUGGUUCGCUUUGUUCUCUCUAACGACAAAAUUACGCCGUGUGUUUAAUUUAACGUUUUCGUUCAGUGGGAGUCUUUGAAUAUAUUUGGUGUAGAGUAUAUAGAGUAUUAAAUUAAAGACACAAAGGUGUCAACUAAAAGUUCCUUUUCUAAACUGACAAAGAUGACUUAGAGGAAAAAAAAAAUCAAAACUUUUCCGUGGAGGGAGUUGCCAACACUUAAUUGUAUUCAAAUUUGUUAGAUGACCUUUGAGAACAUUUCAUCUAGAUAAAAGCUGUUUGUUUAGCCUAAGGAUUUAAAACGUCCUUUACUUGACGUUUAGGCUCUACAGUAAAAAUUCUGGAAAACCAACUACCGACAUCAACCAUACAUAUUACAUGUAGUGCCCAAAAGACACAUUAUAAUAGUACUUUUAUUUUAUUUUAGGAGCACGCCCCGUUCGCCCUGUUCGUCCACCAGCAAAAGGUAAUGUUCAAGAGACUUAAACAUUUUCAGCCUCGUCGCAAUAAGAAAUCACUUUUCAAAAGUGCAUAUCAUCAUGCAGAAGUAUCAUUAUUAAAUACCAAACAAGGUCGGCCAACUAUUUCUUUUCUUUACUUUGCCAGGUUGCCGUGCCCGGGUUGAUAUAGCGUUUAUCAUCGAUGGCUCAGGAAGUAUUGAGCAGUAUGGCAGAGGGAACUUCCGUCGAUGUCUCAACUUCGUAAAAGCCAUUGUCAGGGGAUUUAAUACCGACAAUGGACAAACUCGGGUCGGAGUCGUCUUGUUCUCGUCCAGGCCUCGGCUGAUAUUCGGCUUUAGACGAUAUCGUCGAAAGAAUCAACUUCUUACAGCAAUCAGCCGCAUACGCUACCCCAGGGGAGGAACUAAAACCGGAUAUGCCAUGCGUUAUACUUACUACCGUGUGUUCAGAUAUGCAAGAAGAGGAGUUCGAAAGGUAUUUCUUUCGACCUUUAUUGUUACCUUUGUUUUUGGAAAAUUGUGUAGCUAAGUCUUUUCACCAGGAAAAUCAAAGUGCCCCAUGCCAGAAUCCUAAAAGUAUUUAAACACACUGUGAUUUUACUUUUUAGGUUGUUAUAGUUAUGACUGAUGGUCGUUCGUAUGACAGCGUUGUUGGUCCUGCUCGUUUAUUUCGUGGAAAGAACAUCAAAUGUUACGCGGUGGGAAUUGGCCGUAAAUUUAACAGAAGACAGCUGCUACAGAUCGCAGGCGGGGACAAGCGCCACGUGUUGACCGCCGGAUUUAGGAAUCUACGAUCCAUCGCAGGAACUAUUGGACGACGAGCAUGUAAAGGUACAGCUAAACUGACCGUCGUAAUAUGCGUAUGAAUGACAGCGUAAAUAACACAUGAUGAAGCUUAGACAGUGGAAGAUUUUUUAGGAUUUAUCCAGGAAAACAUAUUCAUUGACGAAGUCUAAAGAAAGCGAUGACUUUAUUACUACAUUGAAUAUACCUUAUUGUGUUAGCGAGGAAUCUUUUGUGUCCUUCACAGAAUCUUUUUAUACUUACAGACUGCUAGGAGCACAGGUGACGCAUCAGUUACUGACUCGUACAAGUUUUCCAAAAUAACCCAUUGUAACGUUUCUUGUCGAAUACAUAAUCGUGCCCUUAUGUCAGUCGCAUCUUUAUUUUAUUUUAGGAACACGCCCUGUUCGACCAAGGCAAGGUAAUAAUGUUGUGAUUAUGAUGGUAUUAUAUCAGAAUUUGGUGAUGAGUGGACGCUAACAAAGUCAAUCUUGGAAAUAAAACUUGCAGUGUUUUUAUUUUGCUGGUUUGAUCGAGCUCUUACCGCCAAAAACAGAUCUUGCGCCGAAAAUGGCCUUAAACGUUUGUGCGUUUCUUCUUUGUUCUUUUCCAACAGGAGGGCGCUCUAUUUGUAACCUUCCCAAAGCCACUGGUCCUUGUCGAGCAGCCAUUCAGAGGUGGUAUUUUAACCGGGCAAAAGGGAUCUGCGAGAGAUUUAUUUAUGGCGGUUGUCGUGGAAACGCGAAUAAUUUCCGGACUAGAAGGGAGUGUGAAAGGAGAUGCGCUGGUAGAGGUAAGUGUUUACAUUCCAUAUACUCUGAAGCUCACUGCAUCAACAUGAUAGGUUAAAGAAUUAGCCUUCUUCGCAGUACGAAAUAGAAAAUACGGGACCGAUUUACUUUGACUUUUUCCAGGCAUCUUUGCUUCGUCAGAGUUUUCCAAAUGUAUCUUUUUCUGCUUUGCAAGCGUGUUGUGCCCGGGUGUCGUUAUUGAUAUAAGAAAUUUGACCCAAACAAAGAAGGAAUCCAACUCCACUUGAACGGAGCGAAUAUUUAGGACUGGAUGUCAUUGGCCAAAAGCCGAAGAUUGAAUGAUUUACGCCACAAUGCGUUCAGCGUCAUAUCUUCAAAUUAAAUCCUUUCCGCUAAACUGAAUGUUAAAUACAUUGGUGAAGGCAACCUUCGACAUCACCUUUGCUACUGCCAACUAAAACACAUGCAAGUAAUGAAACCAUCUUUCAUUUUGUUUCAGGGGCACGCCCUGUUCGGCCACCAGCACAAAGUAAUUUUCAUUAGUUUUUUAAACAUCAAGCCUUGAAGCAGUAAGAAACAACUUUUCAAUAGUGUAUAUCAUCACGCAGAAGUAUCAUUAUUAAAUACCAAACAAGGUCGGCCAACUAUUUCUUUUCUUUACUUUGCCAGGUUGCCGUGCCCGAGUUGAUAUAGCGUUCAUCAUCGAUGGCUCAGGAAGUAUUGAGCAGUAUGGCAGAGGGAACUUCCGUCGAUGUCUCAACUUCGUAAAAGCCAUUGUCAGGGGAUUUAAUACCGACAAUGGACAAACUCGGGUCGGAGUCGUCUUGUUCUCGUCCAGGCCUCGGCUGAUCUUCGGCUUUAGACGAUAUCGUCGAAAGAAUCAACUUCUUACAGCAAUCAGCCGCAUACGCUACCCCAGAGGAGGAACUAAAACCGGAUAUGCCAUGCGUUAUACUUACUACCGUGUGUUCAGAUAUGCAAGAAGAGGAGUUCGAAAGGUAUUUCUUUCGACCUUUAUUAUUCCCUUUGUUUUUGGAAAAUUGUGUAGAUAAAUCUGUUCACCAGGCAAAUCAAAGUGCCCUAUGCCAGAAUCACGCUAAAAGUAUUUAAACACUUUGUGAUUUUACUUAUUAGGUUGUUAUAGUUAUGACUGAUGGUCGUUCGUAUGACAGCGUUGUUGGUUCUGCUCGUUUAUUUCGUGGAAAGAACAUCAAAUGUUACGCGGUGGGAAUUGGCCGUAAAUUUAACAGAAGACAGCUGCUACAGAUCGCAGGCGGGGACAGGCGUCACGUGUUGACGGCAGGAUUUAGGAACCUACGAUCCAUCGCAGGAACUAUUGGACGACGAGCAUGUAAAGGUACAGCUCAACUUACCGUAGCAACAUGCGCACGAAUGACUGAUUACUUAAUAGAUGGUGUAGCCUUUAGGAAAAUAUAUCCAUUGACGGGCUCUUUUAAAGAACAACAAUGACUUUAGCACAACGCACCAACGACAUCACGCGUCAUCAUAGCCAAACAUUGCGGCUUAAGUGACCAACGACCAAUAACAUCACGACUUUUUUUGACCAAUCAGAUCUACAACCGGUGUUUAAUAAGAUCAACUGACGUGAUACAACUCACUUUGACUUUGAAGAUGACCACCUCACAGGUUGUGGAAACGUCAUUCACUGUCAGCAACAGUCAUAUUCUGGACUAAAAUUACCAGGAUGAUCAUACCUAACUUACUUAGUUCCAUCUUUGUCACGAUUUGUAGCGAGGAAGGGCAUGUGUCGAUACCUAUCACUGAGUCACAAUACGUUGAAAUAACCCAUUGUGUCGUGUCUUGUUCAAUUCAAAUUGCGUUUUAAAUGUCAGUGGUUUCUUAAUUUUUUCUCAGGUACACGCCCUGUUCCACCAAGAUUAGGUAAUGAUUGUAAUUAUCACUGAUCAUGAUUCUGUCAGAAUAUAUGAAUGACUUGAGGUUAACAACAUAAAUCUUGACAAUCAAACUUUCAGCACUUUCAGCUUGCUGGUCUGCCUUGACCGGGAUGAGUUACUAUUACUUGAUUUGUUUUACACACAUACACCUUAAUUUUUAGAUCAGUUGCAUAAUAUGAAUCUUUGCAAACUGAAUUAUAAAGCUGACGUGUUUAGGAUGGGUGGUUACACAAUCUCCUUUAUCUAAAGCCGCUCUGUUGGAAAAGAAAGUUUGCAUACAUAUUGCCUAUAUACAUUCUGCUUUUCUCUCAGCCAAAGGAUACCGAUCGUUGAAUGUCAAGAAAUUUAGUUUGAUUUUGGCUAAACAUCCGUUUAGGAAUUAAAAUUUCGUCAGGCAGUAGGCUUCUUCUUCAUGGUAAUUGACCUGUCUAGAUUUACAACUCAAAUUACUUAAUAUCAACUGAAUUCACCUUCGUUUCAGGACGUGUACGUGCUACAGCUGUAUACCCUUUGACGUCACGAACGCGUGGUCGAGAUAUCAGCCGUUUCAGAAAUCCACCAGGAAUUGUCAGAAACGUUAGAUUUGCUCCAGGUCCAGAUGGAAAACCUAGUGGCUCUUAUUAUUUCCUUGGACGGUCCUACAGUUAUAUUCAAUUUCCAAAUCGAGGAAGGCUGGACACAAGAGGAUCCAUCACACUCUUGGCGUGGAUCUACCAUCAGGGCCACGCAGGGCCUAUCUUUAACUAUAUGCCAAAUGGCUGGGGAGUACACUUCUGGAUGGUUACACCUAAAAUGCUAUUUGCACGGUUUACGCGUCGAAGGGGACGCCGUUUUACAAAGGCGGUGACCAGCAGACGAGUACGACCUAGACAAUGGCAGUUUGUUGGUGCAGUUUACAAUCAGCGAACAGGACGCGCCAAGUUGUUUGUCAAUAAUAGGUUCAGUGCCAAUAAGUAUAUUGGUCGAAUACGAUUGGCUACUAACUACCCCGUCAGGAUGGGAGCUCGUAUUGGAGAUAGAAGGUAUUUCCAGGGACGAAUCUCCUGUAUGCAAGUAUUUUCUCGAGCUCUUACCACCAGGCAGAUCUUGCGCCAAAAGUGGAAGUGCUCUAGAAGAGGUAAUUGCUUAAAUAUUUCAUUUAUUUUAUCAUCGGAUGUAGCAGCAAGUAGUAAAUUACAAUAGAGAUUUGGUUACAGUGUUGAAAAAUCUUUUAUUUAUCAUCUAGCAUAUCAUAGGACCUGUCUUGUAAUGAUUUUCUUGCCCCUUCAUCAAAGACUUGUUUUGUUCAAAGACCGCUUUUAGGGGUAGAUAGGAGACUAAGUAGAGUUAAAAAGUCAUCAACUGAUUAUCGAUUUGCUUAGUGUAAUUCUUCUUGCUAAAGACCGAAUGCCGUCUAUAUAAUUAAAGAUUUGAGGGAACGUUUUUUGUCCAGUAGUUCUUUAAACCUAUUCAUUACAAUAAAUAAAUAACUACAAACAGUUUGAAACGGGGACGCAAGGGUGAGUAGGAAACGUUUCUCAUCUGCCAAAUAUGACCCAAAGAAAAAGAGUCAAAAUUUUCAUGAGAGAGCGAAUGCUUAAGACUGACUUUCAUUCGCUAGAAAUCGAAGUUUCCAAGGUAAAAAUUCCUGUUUUUUAGGUCUAAGGAUGCGAAGCGUUCCUUUAUCAGAUUUGUUUGGCUCUGAAGAUAAAUACUGUUGAGUCAGUUACAGUUACAGACAUCAACCAUACAUUUCUUCACUACAACACAUGAUAAUAGUUUCCUUAAUUUCAUUUCAGGGAUAAGCCCAGUUCGACCACCAGUACGAGGUAAUGUUCCUAAGUCUAAAACAUAUCGAGAUUGACGCAGUAAUAAGCUGCGUUUGGCAAAUGGGUAUCAUGAUGCACAAGUAUCAUUAUUAAAUACCAAACAAGGCCGGCCAACUAUUUCUUUUCUUUACUUUGCCAGGUUGCCGUGCCCGGGUUGAUAUAGCGUUCAUCAUCGAUGGCUCAGGAAGUAUUGAGCAGUAUGGCAGAGGGAACUUUCGUCGAUGUCUCAACUUCGUAAAAGCCAUUGUCAGGGGAUUUAAUACCGACAGUGGACAAACUCGGGUCGGAGUCGUCUUGUUCUCGUCCAGGCCUCGGCUGAUCUUCGGUUUUAGACGAUAUCGUCGAAAGAAUCAACUCCUUAGAGCAAUCAGCCGCAUACGCUACCCCAGGGGAGGAACUAAAACCGGAUAUGCCAUGCGCUAUACUUACAACCGUGUGUUCAGAUAUGCAAGAAGAGGAGUUCGAAAGGUAUUUCUUUGGACCUUUAUUAUUACCUUUGUUUUUAGAAAAUUGUGUAGUUGAAUCUCUUCACCAAGGUUAGUGCCCAAUGCCAGCAUCCGAAAACUAAUUAAACACAUUGUGAUUUUACUUUUUAGGUUGUUAUAGUUAUGACUGACGGUCGUUCGUAUGACAGCGUUGUUGGUUCUGCUCGUUUAUUUCGUGGAAAGAACAUCAAAUGUUACGCGGUGGGAAUUGGCCGUAAAUUUAACAGAAGACAGCUGCUACAGAUAGCAGGCGGGGACAGGCGCCACGUGUUGACGGCAGGAUUUAGGAAUCUACGAUCCAUCGCAGGAACUAUUGGACGACGAGCAUGUAAAGGUACAGCUAAACUGACCGUACCAUCAUGGUACAAAUGACUGUUUACUUAAUGGCUGGUGAAAUUUUUAGGGAAAUAGACCGACACUUUGAACAACGAUAACUUUAUCGGUAGAACGUCAUAUAUAUUUUUCCUGUGAUUUGUAGCGUGGAAUAUAUUGUCGCUUUCACAAAACCUUUCUAAACACUUACAAUCUUUGGUAGGAAGACAUGUGUCGAUACCUAUUACUGAGUCAGAAGUUUCAUGAAAUAAGCCAUUAUCACGUGUCUUGAUUAAUAAAUAAUCGCGCCCUAAAUGUAAGUCGUAUAUUUGUUUUAUUUCAGGUACACGCCCUGUUCGACCAAGAUUAGGUAAUGAUUCUGAUUAUGACUGAUCAUGAUUAUGUCGGAAUAUUUGAAUGACUUGAGGUUAACAAAUUAAAUCUUGAGAAUGACAUUUGCAGCAGUUUCAUUUUGUUGGUGUGCCUUAACCGGCCCGAGUUAAUAUUGCUUGACAAAAUGUCACAAAGUAAGAUAGAAAAUACGGAAUAUCUAUUUAAGAUCAUGGAUUAGUUGGAUAUACCUUGAAACUUUGGUGAGUAGCAUCUUACGAAUCGUGGCUACUUUAGAUUAGAAAAUAUAGCAUAGCGAUCAGUUGUUUAGGAUCUAAAGCAACCCCGUUGGAAAAGAAAGUUUGUACUUAUAUUGUCUCUAUAGAUUCAGCUUUGUCCGUCAAUUGAUGACGAUCGUCGAAUGCCAAGACAUUCAGUUUGUUAUUGACAAAACUUCUGUUUAGGAAGUUAAAGUUUCGUCAUGCAAUAGGCUUCUGCUUCAUGGUAUAAUCUGUUUCGAUAUUUACAACUGAAAUUACUUCUCAACUUAUUAAAUCCACUUUCGUUUCAGGACGUGUACGUGCUACAGCUGUAUACCCUUUGACGUCACGAACGCGUGGUCGAGAUAUCAGCCGUUUCAGAAAUCCACCAGGAAUUGUCAGAAACGUUAGA